UCCUUUGGCAUACGCGAGCCUUUCUACCCCCAAUCAACAUAUAAUUUAAAGGCAAAAACAUGUCAUCAACAGGUACUCCAGCGGAGGCGCCCUCGGGCUAUCAACCCUUCACCAAGGCGCAGCAUAUUCAACAACUCAACGGCAUUGACAAGAGUAUUUCUCAACUAUUGUCAUCCGCUGGUCUAGCUCUACAAACGCUUUCAGCCACUCACGCCACCUCUGAAACGCCGAUCUCCGAGCGCAAAGAAGCGUUCGAGAAGGCAUCCGAGUCGUACCUCACCACUCUCCAGAAAGUCGACGUUCUCCUUCGUAGGAAUAUAUAUGGUCUUGAAGAAGCAAAUAUAAUCCCUGCGCAAGGACGCCGUAAACUUGUGGUGAAUGGGGAGACUGAUGGAACACUGGAACCUGAUGUUGCAAGCUUGGGCAAGCUGGAUAUUGGCUGGCUCAAUAGCAGGAGUGGGCGCGUUGGUCGUGAUAUGGAAGCGGAGCUGUGGGAGAAGGCUAAGGUAUUUUUGGAGGGCCUUGAAGCUGAGAAGGCGGGCACUGAGAAAAGAGAUGAGGAUAUGAGCGCUUGA